CAAAUUAUCAACGUCCUGAUCAUGAUCCGAAAGCAGAGUUAGUGGGCGCUCGCCAAUUUGUUUUCUAUCUAUCUAUAGGCUAGGCCUAUAUGAUAUGCUAUAGUACCCGUUUCCGGUCUUAACUAGCUGCGAUGACGUAGCUCUGAACGACGGACGGAAGAUUUCUGACAGAUGGUCUUCGUCAGAGUGAAAGCAGGGUCCUAAUGAUGUACAGAAUUCCAAUAAUAACUUCAAAUUUGCAACUUACUAUGGGGACCAUAUGGUUCUGCAGCGUGCACCAAAGAAGGCUGUUGUUUGGGGUUACCAUCCAUUUACUUAUGUGUAUGUGGGAGUGACUGUUGGAAAUAACACUCAAUAUGGCCUAGUUAAUACACAUGGAAUAUGGAGUGUUAUCUUGGACCCUGUGGUGGAUCCAGGCCCAUAUAAUAUCACAGCUCGCGGACUGGCAGGGGAGAUUACUCUUACCGAUGUCCUGUUUGGAGAUGUAUGGAUCUGUUCUGGGCAGUCAAACAUGGAGUUUACAGUCAGAAUGGGAAACAAUGCAACUGAGGAAAUACAAGAUGCAAACAACUAUCCACAUAUCCGAGUAUUUACAGUAAACCAGAGGGCUGGAUCAAGUACACCUUUAUCAGACUUCACCAUUAAAAACAGCAUUAAACAGUACUGGUCUGUGGCUUCUAAUGCUUCUAUUGGUGGAACUGAUGUAGAGUGGGGCUACUUCUCGUCUGUGUGUUGGCUGUAUGGUAAAUACCUGUACCAGAAGCUGGGCUACCCCAUUGGUCUGGUAAAUACUUGCUGGGGAGGUACACCUGUGGAGGCCUGGUCCUCUCCUGAUGCACUAUUGAAGUGUGGCCUGUUUGGAUCACCUCACAACACUGAAAAAGUCAGAUUUACAGAUCUAGACAGAAGCUCAGAUUAUCGUUAUUCUGAUGGACAAACCUUGUUUUGGUCACCAAAUUACUCUGACCUGUGGAAUGCCAUGGUUAACCCUCUCCUCAACAUGACAAUAUAUGGAACUAUUUGGUACCAAGGUGAAUCAAAUGCUCCACAUCCUCAUAACUACAAUUGUACCUUCCCCUCAAUGAUCAGCGACUGGAGAGCCAAGUUUCAUGCUUCACACAGACAGAACGACCCAUCAUUUCCUUUUGGCUUUGUAAUGCUUGGUGCCAAUGAGCCAGACAUGACAAAGUUUGAUGGUUUUCCUGAGAUACGAUGGCAUCAGACAGCAGAUUACGGCUAUGUACCAAACCACAAGAUGGUAAACACCUUCAUGGCUAACGCUAUGGACUUACCUGGCUUUCUGAGCAGUGUAGGCAGCAUCCACCCGGGUGACAAACAGGACGUAGCAAGACGAUUGGUCAAUGCCAGUUUGGCUGUGGCCUAUCACCACAAGGAUAUUGUUUACCAGGCUCCACUACCCACUGGCUACAAGGUGGACACCAAGGAUCAAACACUGGAACUUAUCUACAAUAAUGGUUCAGAGGCACUCCAUCUAAGGAACAAGGCUGGCUUUGAGAUCUGUUGUUGCUACGGUAACAAGACAGAGUGUGGUGAACAGUCAUGGUGGGUACAGACCUCCAUAGAAAAGGUCACUCGCAGCACUGCAAUACUCAGUACAGCAACUUGUUUGGCCAGGAAUGUCGCUGGAAUCAGAUAUGCAUGGAGAGUGACGCCCUGCUCUUUCAAAGACUGUGCUUUAUACUCAUACCUCAGCUCCUUUCCAGCAUCACCUUUCCUUUAUACAAGUAGAAACUUUAGUAAAGACGGUACUUAUAUUAUCAAUGGUACUGUGCCACACCCCAUAACUGUGUAGUACUCCGAGGGUUCAAAGUCGACCAAGACUCUCGAGCUCGCUGUGAAAGAUCUGAUGGUGAAUUUUUGCUUCAUUAACCAUUUUGUGUAACAAAGACUUUUCUAACCAAAGAACAAUUGUCAGGAGGGGCCAGGGGCUUAUACCCCUGCUGGACUAAGGGAUGGGGUAAUUUAGCCAUGUUUUUAUGAAAUUUUUUAUUCUAAAUUGUGGUUUAAGCAACUGCUAUGGAUGAAAUACAAACAAAAGUUAUUUGGUCAUCUACAAACAAGACCAGACUAUGUUGGUCUUUUAAUUAUUUAUCAUCAUGACGUUAUUUUGACCAGCCGAGAAUCGGACUCGCUCACAACAUUCCUGUUGAUGGCCUCCAUAUAUGGUUGUCCUUGCCUUACGUUCACAACUUAUUACCGGUGGUUCCUGUGUGUUGAGUUUUAAACCAACACUCCUAUUCACCCACAUUUAAGAUGUACAUGUAUAUAUUUGUACCUGGUAAGUAUAUGCAUAAGUUCAUAUUUUUUACAAGAACAUUUAUAAAACUUUUCAAUUUACAGUACAUUUUGAGAUGCAUUUGUUUUGAUACACAUUUGUAAUACAUAUUUUGUUUUUAUAUAUAUUUUUAAAUGUGUGUUGAAAAAAAUUGUUAAAAGAGAUACGGAAUCAAUUACAUAUAACUAUGUUUUUUUCAGACACCAUUCAAUAUGAUUUUAAAUCAUAUGAAAGUAUGUUGUUGUGGUGCAUUUAAUUAUUAAAAUAAAUCCAAACAUUU